AUUAUUUAAUAUCCCUUUUUCAUUAUUCUAAGACCUCUAACCAAGAAAAAACCCACUGGCUCAACUGAGCAGUACUAGAAAACGACUUACUGUUCAUAUGCGGUUUCUCUCUGUCUCUCUCUCUCUCUCUCCCAUGCUCUCUUUCUGCUCCGCUGCCUCACCUUCCUAUCCUUCCUCCAGUUAGUUCACGCCCGCGGGCCCCACGGUCCCACGUCACCUCUGCUCUCCUCUCACCCAGGCCCCCAUCCAAUCCAAAGAUAGAUAGAGAGAGCUCUCUCCGCAGCUUCGGCAUUUCUUCGCUGUCUUGUGUGUGAUAAAUCCAUUCAUUCGGGCUUGGUUAGUUAGUUAUAGCCAUAGCUAGCUUAUUGGGUUGGGAGUUGGGGUUACUUUCAAUGCAGAGCCAGAGGAUUUUGUAAAUGGCGCAGCACUGUGAUCUUCAAAUCCACAUUAACAGUCAGCGAACAUUCUUUGUGAAUGCGAAAACAAUAUCAGCCUACUCGGGAAGGCUGAAGAAGAUAAUAAAACAAGACGAGAGAGGGACCCGGACCAAGAAUUCGGUUAUAGAGGUCAACAACUUCCCUGGAGGCCCAGAUGGAUUUGAAUUGGUCUUGAGAUUCUGCUACAACAAAGGCCAUAUACCGAUCACCGCCUUAAAUGUGUCCCUCCUCCACUGCUGUGCGGUUUUCCUGGGCAUGAUGGACAAGGUGUCGACCCGCAACCUCUGUCAACAGACAGAGACGUUUCUCGAGGGGAUCUUGGAGUGGCCGUGGAAGGAUAUUGUGGUGACCCUCAAGAGCUGCGAAACUUUCCUUACCUAUGCGGACACAACUGGGCUCCUCACAAAGCUCAUAUGCGCUCUCCUGGCCAAGAUCGCAGCUCAUGAUGAUCAGAAUAAUUCCGACAUCAAUCUUCAGAUUGCUUCCUCUUCUUCAUCCUCAUCUUCUCCAGAAACCAUCAGAUUCUCGUCCUCCUCCGCCAGGACCACUCCCGAACUAAUGAAGCAAGUAGUCGCCAAGUCCUCCAAGUCCUGGUGGUUCUACGAUUUAACACUUCUAUCACCAUCGAUCAUAGAAAAGAUUGUGAAGGGCUUGGGGACCUUUGGGUUGGAGAACAACAGCAUAGUCCUCACGAGAUUCCUCCUGCAUUACCUGAACACUGCGUGUCAAACUCCUCAGAGCAACAGACUUGAUCUGCAGUAUCCUCCCAGCCCCGGCCCCGGCCCCUCAAAGGUGGAAUAUGGGGGGAUUGCAGACACAGCAGUCUAUGGAGUCAUUGAGGCGUGCAAGUCCUCAAUGUCGGCGUUUUCAUGCAGAGGGCUGUUCCGGGUAUUGAGGAUUGUGUCCACCUUUGGACCCAGCAAAGAAUGCAGGUUGGGAUUGGAGACGCUGAUUGGGAGAAUGCUUGAUCAAGCAACCGUAGAUGACCUCCUGGUCUCUGGGCUUUUCAGAGGCCAGCAGGGAGUUUACGAUGUGAAUCUGGUGGUGAGAUUGAUCCGGGUGUUUGUGAAUGGGGACGGAUCAUCAACUCCACAUGAUAAGAUGAAGAAGGUGGGCAGGUUGGUGGACAAGUACCUCCGGGAGAUAGCGCCUGAUCAGAACCUUAAAAUGUCGAGGUUCCUCGGAGUUGCGGGAAGCUUGCCGGACUCUGCUAGAGACAGCUUUGAUGGGGUCUACAGAGCAAUUGACAUAUUCCUCAAGUCGCAUCCAUCUCUAUCGUUUGAGGAGAGGUCGAGGCUGUGCAGAUGUCUCAACUAUGAGAAGCUGAGCCUGGAAGCAUGUAAGGACCUCACUAAGAAUCCUAAGAUCCCUCCAAGAAUCGCAGUGCAAGCACUCAUGUGUCAGCAUCAGGAGCAGCAGCAGCAGAACUCGACCGAAGAUAGCUGCUGCCCCAUGGCAAAAGAAAGCCCUGUUCAGACUCCGAAUUCAAGCACAAUGAGCAAGUACACGCAGUUGAUGGUGUACAACGGUGGUGGGAAUUACGUUAUAGACGCGGAGAGCAUGAUACCGGCCAAGGAGGAGGAGGAGGAGGACAUGAAGGUGAACCUGCAGGAGAUGCAGUGGAGGGUGGUGGAGUUGGAGAAGGUGUGCAAGCAGAUGAAGGGCCAGAUGUCUAAGAUGGUCCGCCACCCUUCCUCCUCUGCCUCUACUCCCACCAGGGCCCUGCCUAGGCUCUGUUAAUAACCCUAUACUUGCACAUAUAUCUAUAUCUAUAUAUGAUAAAAUACAUUGCAUGGCCAUCGGCUUCUUUGUGAUUUGCCAUUGCAUGGGUUUUCCUUUUCCUUACGUUUUAGGGGGAAUGCCAGCAAUGCAAUUUCUAUUCUCGUGUCAUUUUGGCGUUGUCUAGCAUCUAGGCCCAAGUCGCAAUUUUGAGGAAUUCCCCUUCGUUUUCUUUCUUUCUUUUUUCUUUUUUUUUUGUCUUUUAGUCAAACUUGAUUCGCUUAGGUGCCUCCUUAUUGCCCAAAAAAAAAAAGUUGAUUGCUAUUCCCAAAAACAUU